AUGGAGCGGGUGUAUGCUGAACGGUCGCAGGGGACGACCCCCUUGGACUAUCCGUCGCUGGACGUGCCGUACUACCAGAACGCGGCGAACCACAGCCCCGAGGCAGAGCCCGCAGAGAAGCUGGCCUCGGAUCCUGCAGUAGUUACCGCGGCGAACCAGAUUGUCGCAGCGUGCGGCCAGCUCGCAGCGUCGGUGCAUAGACCGUUCUUCUCACUCAUGGAGGGUUUGAUGAGCGGGCAUAUUGUCGCGUCUAUCCAGUUCCUCGAGGCUACGAAUACGGUGGAGAUACUCCGGGAGGCCGGUCCGGAAGGUGUGCAUGUCAACGAGCUAGCGCGGCGCAUCGACGUGCUAGCUUCCGGCCAGGACGGGACCGCGCCUGCUGAACCAGUAGAUCCGGACAAGCUAGGUCACAUAUUGAGGCUUCUUGCGACGUUCCAUUGGAUACGCGAGGUCCGGCCGGACGUAUUUGCGAAUAACCGUUUAUCGUCUAUCAUAGACUCGGGGAAGACACCUGAGCAGCUUCGUAUCGCUCCCUCGAAGAAAUAUGAUGGCACUGACUGCGUGGCCGCUCUCGUCCCAAUGAAAUCGGACGACUUCUUCAAGUCCAUUGCGCACAUGACGGAUGCCCUCCUUCCUGAUAGAGAACGCGCCAUCUCUCUGCGGAAGCUGCUUUACCAACGUGGCCAGUCCGACUCGGCCACGAAUGUCAAGUACAAAACUCCCUUCAACCUCGCCUUCCGGACAGAGCUGGGUUACUUCGAAUGGCUGGAGCUUCCCGAGAACAAGACGCGCCUCAGGGACUUUGGUGUCGGAAUGACCGGGACACGUCCCUGGGAGAUCGUGGAGAACAUCAUUGGCACCUUCGCCUGGAAGGACCUUUCCAAGGACUCGGUUGUAGUGGACGUCGGCGGUGGAGUUGGGUCGACGUCCGUAGUCCUAGCACACGCAUACCCACACCUACGGUUCGUCGUCGAGGACAGGAAACAGGUCGUCGAGAUUGCGCCCUCCGUCUGGAGUGGAGAGCACGCCGAGCUAGUGAAAUCAGGGAGGGUCAGCUUCCGACCGCAAGACUUUCUCCAGCCACGACCGCCCUCUAUCGAAGUCUCAGUUGUCGGCUCCGUAUCAUCACCUGCCGUCUUCCUUAUCCGAGGAUGCACGCACAAUUGGCCGGACGAAUCCGUCAGGACGAUACUUCGUCACCUCCGCAACGCCGCGGGUUCGACAACCAAGCUGCUCAUCGUAGACAUGGUCCUCGCACACGCGUGCUACAACGACUACGAUGAUAACCGAGAAGCAAUUCCUGGCGCGGAGCGGACGCUUGCCCCAGAGGGCUCUCCGCUGCUCGCUAACCUUGGGCGCGCGAGUGCGAGCGGGUACUUGCUCGACCUCUCGAUGAUGGCGGUGCUAGGGGCGAAGGAGCGAACCCUCCGGGAGAUAUCUGCGCUUGCGCGCUCCGCGGGAUGGAAGGUCUCGCGGAUGGCGCGUGCGAGCGGGUCGGUGUGGGCGUACAUCACGGCCGAGCCUUUCUAGAAGGCUGCGGGCUCGUCGAAUUCUCCUGUGGGUGGUCUCCUGU